AGCUCUUUGGUCUCAUCUCCCAUCAAAAGCAACGCGAAGUUGCGCACCAUUUUGUCAUGGCCGACGCGCGGAUGGCGAGGACGCUUGCCCGCCUCCAAAACCUCCCAUCGAUCUCGCUGCCCACAGACUAUCCUCGGCUCGCAGGUAAUCGACUUGUCGAAGCUGCUUUUUCCGCUGACCUCUCGGAACCAACGUGCAAGGGACUUCUGAAGCUUGCUCUGUAUAACGAAAACGAGGAUGCGGAAGAAGAGGGCACGACGCAAGUGAGAGCGCCGUCCCCUUUUCAUAUCCUCCUCGCCGCCUUCGCCGUGCUCCUACACCGCUACACUGGGGAUACAGAUCUUGUCAUUGGUUCCUCGUCGGCAUCUGCACGGGACCCUCUCGUCCUUCGAAUAGGAGUGAACCCGGAUGACCCAUUCUGGGCAGUCGUGCGCAAGGUCCAGCAAGUCGAGCAGGAGGCGGAGGCAGAUGCUUUGCCGUACGAGACCAUCGUGCGUGCACUGGGCAAGGACAAGUCCGACACUGCAGAGAGUGCUCGACCUCUCUUCCGGGUGCGUUUCUUCGACGAGACUGACACACCACAAGAGCACUUCCUACGCAGCACGAGCCUUACCUCCGACCUCACCGUCUUCGUCACUCGCCAACAGGAGACCAGCCGCAGCUCUGUCGCACCGCACAUCGGUCUGCGACUUCUCUACAACUCGCUGCUCUUUACGCCCGCACGCAUGACGUGCAUCAUCGACCAACUCUCAGUCCUUCUGCGGAAGGUUUCCGGGAACCCCGUCGCACCCGUAGGGUCCGUCCCCAUCCUCACUCCCGCUCAACGCGCCGUUCUGCCGGACCCAACAGCCGACCUCAACUGGUGCGACUGGAAGGGCGCCAUCACGGAUGUCUUCUCGCGAAACGCUCGCCGUUGGCCUGACCGCCCAUGCGUCAUUCAAUGCCUUCCUCCCGCCGGCUUUGACCAGCCCCAGGAGAAGCGCACCUUCACCUACCAGGCUAUUCAUCACGCGUCCAACAUUCUUGCGCACCAUCUACUGCAGGGAGGUGUACAGCGAGAGGAGGUGGUCAUGGUGUAUGCGUACCGCAGCGUAGAGCUCGUUGUCGCGGUUAUGGCCGUUCUGAAGGCAGGCGCAACGUUCUCUGUGAUAGAUCCCGCAUAUCCUCCAUCCAGGCAAACUAUCUACCUGAAGGUCGCCCAGCCCCGAGCUCUGGUGGUCCUUAAGGGCGCCGGUCGGAUCAGCCCUGGCGUCCGCGACUUCAUCUCGUCUGAACUGCAGAUCCGUGUGGAGGUUCCCGCGCUGGAGCUGCUCGCAGAUGGCCAGAUUGUCGGUGGACAGAACGCUGACGGAACAGACGUCUUGCAUCAGCAGAUGCCGCUUGGCGACAAGGACCCGGAUAUCGUUCUGGGACCUGACAGUGUCGGUACCCUCUCCUUCACCAGUGGCAGCACAGGCAUUCCGAAGGGCGUGCGUGGGAGACAUUUCAGUCUGACUCAUUUCUUCCCUUGGAUGGGCGAGCGAUUUGGCCUCGGGGAGGACUCUAAGUUCACGAUGCUCAGUGGUAUUGCUCAUGAUCCCAUCCAGCGCGACAUGUUCACCCCUCUGUUCUUCGGUGCAAGACUGUAUGUCCCUACGGCGGACGACAUCGGGACACCUGGCAGACUUGCCGAAUGGAUGGCGGAAAACGAGGUGACGGUCACUCACCUCACACCGGCUAUGGGCCAGCUUCUGUCCGCACAGGCAACGCGGCAGAUUCCUUCUCUGCGGAAUGCGUUCUUCGUCGGUGACAUCCUCACGAAGCGUGACUGUCUGCGAUUGCAAUCACUCGCUGCGAACGUCCGUAUCGUUAACAUGUACGGUACGACGGAGACGCAGCGCGCAGUGUCCUACUUCCUGCUCCCGAGCGUGUCCGAGGAUCCCACGUUCCUCGCGACUCAGAAGGACGUCAUGCCCGCCGGAGAAGGCAUGAUCGACGUCCAACUCCUCGUCGUGAACCGCCAUGACAAGAACAUACCAUGUGCAGUCGGCGAGGUCGGCGAGAUCUACGUGCGCUCAGGCGGUCUGGCAGAGGAGUACUCCGAUCCUGAGGCGACCGCGGAGAAGUUCGUGACAAACUGGUUUGCAGCCGACUCUCCUUCACGGAAGGACACGAUCAGCGAGCCCCCCUCGGGACAGCCUGGCCCGGAGGCGCAGUUCUGGAAGGGCAUACGCGACAGAAUGUACCGCUCCGGCGACCUGGGACGCUACCUUCCACACGGUAUCGUCGAGUGUACCGGCCGCGCCGAUGACCAGGUCAAGAUCCGCGGCUUCCGUAUCGAGCUGGGCGAGAUCGACCUGUAUCUCAGCCAACAUCCGCUCAUUCGGGAGAACGUCACUCUCGUGCGAAGAGACAAGGACGAGGAGAAGGUACUCGUGAGCUACUUCGUACCUGUCGGCGGACCUGCACUGGACGAGUUCGCGAGCGACGUGCCCGAGGGUGAGGACGAGAAGGGCGUAGUCACAGGUAUGAGGAAGUACAGGAGGCUCAUUAAGGACAUCCGGGACUACCUCAAGAAGAAGCUCCCGAGUUACAGCGUCCCCACUCUGUUCGUCCCUCUGAAGCGUAUGCCGCUGAACCCCAAUGGCAAGAUCGACAAACCCGCACUCCCAUUCCCCGACACAGCACAGGCUGCAUCUGCGACUACCCAGACCGGUCCUGCCGCGUCUCCCACAGAAGAGGUCAUUCGCGCAAUAUGGGCACGCGUCUUGCCGAGCCCGCCUUCCCCCAUACCUCUCGACGAGAGCUUCUUCGACGUCGGCGGCCACUCCAUCCUCGCGACACGUCUCAUCUUCGAGGUCCGCAAGGCGUUCCUCGUCGAGGCGCCUCUUGGGUUGAUCUUCGAGAAGCCAACGAUCAGCGAGCUCGCUGCUGCCGUGGACGAGCUGCGCAACACUGAACUUGGCUUUGCACACGCUGAUGGCGGCAAGAAACCCUCGACAGCGGAGACGUCUGCGCUCAAAGCGGCCCUGAAGCGCUCCGUGCAGCCCAAGAAGGCGGUCAGCUACAGCGAGGACUACGAGAGCCUGUUGUCGAAGCUCCGCCCGUCCUACUCGAGCGUGUCGGAAGACUACUCAGGCCGUCCACUGACUGUGUUCCUGACCGGCGCCACCGGCUUCCUGGGGGCUUUCAUUCUGCGCGACCUGCUUUCGCGGCCUGAACGGGUCAAGAAGGUCAUUGCCCUCGUCCGGGCGUCUAAUGCUGAUCGGGCUCUCGAGCGCCUACGAGACGCUGCCAGUGGACGUGGUGUGUGGGACGAGGACUGGGUCAAGCAGUCGAGGCUAGAGGUCGUUAAAGGCGACCUUGAUCAGGAGCUCUUCGGCCUGGGAGAUGCGGCAUGGAACCGCGUCGCCGGCGAGGCUGACGCCGUCGUGCACAACGGCGCGCUGGUGCACUGGGUGUACCCAUACGAGCGACUCCGGCCUGCCAAUGUUCUCGGCACGCUGACGGCGAUGGAACUCGCUGCGACUGGCAAGCCGAAGCUCUAUGUAUUCGUCUCGUCGACGUCGGCGGUCGACACGGAGCACUACGUCCGGCUGUCUGACUCGCUCUCGCAGGGAGAGGAUAGUCUGGGAGGUGUACCGGAGAGCGACGAUCUUGAAGGUGCGAGGACAUCGCUCAAGACCGGGUACGGGCAGUCGAAGUGGGUUUCUGAGAAACUCCUGUUUGAGGCUGGUCGAAGAGGCCUGAAGGGACAUAUCGUGCGACCUGGUUAUGUUGUCGGUGACUCCGAAUCCGCAGUGACCAAUACCGAUGACUUCAUCUGGCGAAUGGUCAAGGGGUGCAUCCAACUUGGCCUCGUUCCUGACAUGAACAAUACCGUCAAUAUGGUGCCAGUAGACCAUGUAGCCCGGUGUACGACACUGGCGACUCUUUCCCCUCUGCCAGCUCCUCGCGACGCGCUCAGCGUGCUCCACGUCGCCGCCUACCCCCAACCCACCUUCAACGACUUCCUGUCCUCUCUUUCGAAAUAUGGCUUCGCGACACAGCGCUGCGAAUACCUGAUCUGGCGGCGACAGCUCGAGAAGCACGUCAUGGAGGUGCAAGACAACGCGCUCUUCCCGUUACUCCAUUUCGUGCUGGACGACCUCCCGACGAGCACGAAGGCGCCCGAGCUGAACGAUUCAAACAUGCGCGCGCUGCUCGCCCCGCAUGUGCGGAGCACGAGUCGCACAGUGGACGACGAGCUCAUGGGCAAGUACCUGGCGUGGCUCAUUGACGCGGGUUUCCUGCCGCCGCCGAGCAACCCGUCGCCAGAGAAGACACUCCCUCGUCUGGUCGGUGGUGUGACGCGGGCUGUCGGGCGUAGCGGAGUGUAGGUUCCGCACUCGCGGCCCUCCAAAACUCCGCGAUCGCUAGGCACGUAUCGAGAGCCAUUCGUAUGCUGCCUAGGUGUGUAGCACUAAUGCAAUCACGAGGAGACUGAAGCACCAUUAGAACAGCGUCAGUGCGCGCACAAUGUAGCUAAUAAUCUCUGUAUCUCCUGUUGUCUUACAGUUGUACCUUACUGUUGAAUGUCGCUUGUCAAGCCGCCAGC